AUGAUGUCGAAGCCAAUGCUCGAGUUGAUCGAAACAGACGAGGCAGGAAAUCUUGUAGCGACGUACGUCCAGACGAGCACCGCCAAACGCGACGUUACCAGGAUAGACAGAAUCGUAACCACUCUCCAGCAAACCAUCACGAAACCACACACUCACACCCAAUCACAGGUACCCAGGAGUUCUCGAAAAUCACUCAAGACACUACUGGACAUUUUCCUACCAGCCGGAUACCCUCACAGCGUCACCGAGGACUAUUUGUCGUAUGUCGCAAAUCAUGCACCAGGAAACACAACAGNNGAUUCACUGCAAGCAUUUUCUAGCUCCAUAGCAGGGCUUUUGGCUUCCAGGGCAGUGCUUGAAGGUGUUGGCGUGGGCGAUGCUUCGGCAUCGGCUACCGGUGCGCUGUUGCUUUCCAUUUUGCAGGAGAGCAUGGGCAGGGUUGCGACGAUAGUGUUUGCAUCAAAUCGCGGUACUGCGCUGGAGCCAGAGUGUAAGCUUUACCGUUUGCUGGCUGACGUUUUCAAUGAUGCUGCCAUGGUUCUGGAUUGCCUGUCUCCCAUGUUUCCGAAACCCAUGAGGGUGCUCGUACUGGCGACGGCAAGCGUCUUGAGAUCGCUAUGCGGCGUUGCUGCUGGCAGUGCCAAAGCAAGUCNNUCAGCGCACUUUGCUCGAUGGGGAAACCUGGGAGAGCUCAAUGCUGUAAGUUUCAUGAUUGUUCACCAUCUCAAAUUUCCUGAAACAGCACAAGAACCUAAUCUANAAGAUUCGAGUCAAGAAACUAUAAUUUCGCUGGUGGGCAUGUUGGUGGGCUGUUUGGUGGUUAAGGCUGUGACGACCCCUUUUGCGACUUGGACGACUUUGCUGCUGCUGUUGACGUUGCAUCUUGCGACAAACUACAUGGCGGUCAGAUCUGUUUGCAUGCGCACGCUCAACCGCCAACGCGCCAACAUUGUCUUUGCACAUCUGCACGAGUACGAUUGCGUCUUGAGCCCUAAGCAAGUGUCGGCCAAGGAGCGCAUUUUUGAGCGCGAUGGCAUAUUGCGUGAUGCGCAGGACAAGUGCUUGGGCUACUGCAAGAUAGGAGUCCCCGCUUCUGAGCUGCUGCAGCGUUUGGGAAAGACCGACAGGUUGACUAGAGCAACUAACCUACGUGACGGCCAACUACUGCAGCUGUUGGAGCUGUUCGAGGAGGAGAGCUACAUUGUUUAUCUGGAGCGCCCAUCAAAUGUGGCUUGCAUCCUGUUGAAGAAGGGAAGCGACACUGCGGUUCAGUUGAAGGCCUGGUACCACGCCCUGCUCCUAGUAGGGCAAGCCGGACAGGGUUCUGAAGGUAAGAAGGAUGUCAUGUAUGCGGUUCAAAGCACACUUGUGGCUGUAAGGAAGGACUGGGAAAAGGUCCAAGCCGGGCUUGGUGAAGCAGGAUGGGACCUGGAGACGGCAGCGCUGGAGACGACUUCGGGCUCGAGAGUGUUCGUUCAG